ACAGGGUGGCGCACGACGCACAACGCGCUGAUUCAGGAGGAGGAGGAAGAAGAAGAAGGUGGAGGAGGAGGCCUGGUGGAGGUGAGCUGGAGAAUUUAAGGUUAAAACCCGGAAGUUUUGUCCCGUGAUGAGGUCGUGAACGCCUCACCAUGCAGCCCAGUGCACUGCUGCUGUCCUCUGACUGUAGUUAACAGACAUGCCGUGGUGCCUUCACACCAAGAGGAACUAUCACUUUUAAACACAUCACUCAGGCUGUGAGGGUUUGUAUUGUGUUUCCAGUUUCUCUUCAUUUAAGAUCAUGGUAGACAACCGCUACGCCACAGCCCUGGUCAUCGGCUCUGUGCUCAGCCUGCUGGCCACGGUGUACCUGUCCAUGGCCGUGGGCACCCAGCACUGGUACCAGUACAACUGUCCGCCGGCUAAACGUGAUGGCAGCAACGCCUCCGAGCUGAGAAAGGAGUUCAUCAACGGAGAGUUCGAUGAGAAGAUCUACAGCGACACCAUGUUCCACCUCAACGGCACGCUGGGGCUGUGGUGGAGGUGCAUCCUGGUGCCCAGCCAGUCGCCGUGGUACAGAGAGCGAGAUCCGAAGAUGGAGACUCAGUGUGUGAGCUUCACUCUUCCUCAGCAGUUCAGUCCAAAGUACAGAUACCCAGGAAACCAUAACAGCGACGAAGAUCUGCUGAGAACAUACUUGUGGAGGUGCCAGUUCCUCCUGCCCUUGGUGUCUCUGGCUUUGGUGUUCCUCAGUGGCCUUGUCGGGGUCUGCGCCUGCCUGUGCCGCAGCUUCACCCCCACCUUGGGUGUGGGAAUACUCCAUCUACUUGCAGGUCUGUGCUCUCUGGGCACCGUCUGCUGUUUCCUGGCCGGGGUGGAUUUGCUCCACCAGUAUUCCCCGCCACCAGAAGGGGUGGAGGGUUCGCUGGGCUGGUCCCUCUACCUCGCCCUCAUCUCCUUCCCUCUGCAGAUGAUGGCAGCUGCUUUGUUCCUCUGGGCGGCCAGGAGCCACCGCAAAAACUACACCCGCAUGACUGCUUACAGGGUGGCCUAAAGAGAGAGCGAGACAGCUGAUGUGAGGACUUUAAAAAAAAAAAAAAAAGUUCCACUUGGAGCCUCUCACUUCUUCUGUAACGAUUUCUAAAUAGAUGAACACAAUAACAUGAUAUCACAGACCUAAAUGCAGCAAUACACUAAACCGAUUUGCAGCUAAUCAUCAGAAGUGCUCAUAAACUGCGAUUUGAUUAUGUUUGAGUUGUGUUUUUUCUUUUUAAGCUUUAACCUGUAACUUAAGAUGCAUGUUCUUUAAUGUCUGUUAACACCCUAAUAUUAAGGAUGAUUUUUUUUUCCCCCCUGGUGUUAACCGUGUUGGUGUGCAGUACUUUUAAAAAUGCCUUCUUCUCUGUCGCCAUUGCUUCUAAAGCUGCUCACCACAUUGCCCUUAAAUCAGUUAGAGAUUACAAACUGGCACUGUCACUCAAAUUUCUGACUCGCAGUUACAGUUAUGAACUAAACCAGGAUAGCUUUCUCUGUUAGUGCAUGAAAAGUGUUACCCAAGCCUAUUUUUUAUUUUGCUUUGUUUGAGUUUUGUAUAAUCUUAAAUACGGAUCCUUUUGCUCUGCAUGCCUUUUUUUUUUAACUGACAUUUGCGACUUCUGUGGUAAUUGUUGAUUUCAGUCUGUGGUAUGUGUUGAGUAAAUGUCAGUAAAAUGUCACUCGCUAAAAAUGUAACCACUCGCAUCCUAUUGUCAACCUUGUUUACAGAUCUAAUAUUUAUUAAUGCUGUUAAUUUGAAUGUUAAAAAAAAACUGAGUUGAUGCCACUCGACCAAACCUGUGACGCGUUUGUAACAUUUUAAAUUCUAAUGUUUCAGCCCCAAAUUAUACUACUGCCAUUUAACACUUGUUACAGUAAAGUUUCACUGUUUUUAAAAUACUUCAAAGUGUUUUUCUAAUCCUGGUUGCAGGCAGUUCUUGUUCCUUACCUCACUGAUUUGACAACCAAAUACAGGUUUUUGCAUCGAAUUAAAUGUUUGCUGGUGAUACUCCACAGUCUGAGUAUUUUGGAUAACAAUGGAAUUUGUAAAUUUGUAAGUGAAAAUCCUCCAUCUACGUCUUUUACGUCUAACAUUUGUUUGUCAAAAUUCAAAAUGACAGAUUUCUUUUGCACCGGAAUCCAAAUUGUGAUGUUUUCUUGUCACGACGUUUUGUUACUCAUCCGAUCUGUGUACACUCUUGGCUUUUGUAAAUGUUUUUAUGUGUCCUGAAGCACACUGUAUUUGUCUCUGUAUUAAUACAUUUGACAUUUGGCUACUUC